CCAAAAUGCAACAGUAGUGCGACACGGGAAUACCAGGCGGGGAAUAGGAAAACACCAUGCGAUAAUUAAUCCUGCGAUAUUUGACAGCUUUACAAAUCUAAAAAAAAAAGGUAGAAGUGCGAAACAGCCAAAGAGCUCCGGAUUUAACGUAUUUGGAAAAGUUGAAAUUUUUGUAUUUUUAAGGAAAGGCAAAACCGCGAAUUUGGCCCUCACGCGGGUGUCUUACAAAGCUAGCUAGCUAGCGUGCAUUAACCGGGAUGCUGGGUUGCUAGCUGAGUGUUUUAAUAACUGGCUAAAGUCCAAAUCGCCAGUUAGUGUUAAAUGUUUGCCUCUUAAGGCAACAUGUCUGGCUUUAACUUUGGAUCAGGGACUCUUGGUUCUACCAACACUGGUGGAGGAUUCGCAUUUGGGGCAGCAACCAGUGCACCUGUGGCCAAUGCUGGAGGCUUCUCUAUCGGGACUGCUCUGGGUACAGCAGCCGCAAGCCUUGCCACCUCCACCAGUACCACCCCAUCUCUUGGUCUCGGAGGAAGUCUCUUUGCUCAGAAACCAACUGGAGGUUUUUCUUUCAACACACCUGCCUCAAGCGCUGCGGCUCCCACUGCAGGCCUUACAUUAGGUGCCCCAUCUACUACAGCUGCGUCCACUGGCUUCAGCUUGGCCUUUAACAAGCCCACCGCCUCAGCAACACCCUUCUCCCUCACCACUACUUCCAUUUCCUCAUCAGCCCCUGCAGGAGCAGGUUUAUCAUUUGGCUCUGUCCUGACAUCCAUGGCUCCACAGCAGCCUGCAUCGGCAGGCUUCAGCCUUGGUCUUGGUGGCACAACAACCACCACAGCUGCAACCUCAACAGGUCCAUCACUGGGCGGGAGUCUCUUCGCCAACACUUUGUCUGCAGGUUUGGGUCAGACCACUCUUGGACUAGGCGGCGGGUUAACGUUGGGUUCUCUGUUAGCUGCCUCCACAGCAGUAUCAGCGGCCCCUGCCCCCAGUAUUGGCCUGGGUGGAGUCGACUUCAGUACUUCCUCUGAGAGUAAGAGCGACACUUCAUCUGGAGCCAACGCACAGGACAGUAAAGCUCUGAAAGACGAGAACCUGCCCCCAGUUAUUUGUCAGGAUGUCGAGAAUUUCCAAAAAUUUGUGAAAGACCAGAAACAGGUUCAGGAAGACAUCAGCAGGAUGUCAUCUAAGGCCAUUUCCAAAGUCCAAGAUGACAUCAAGAGCCUCAAACAGCUCCUCUCUGUCAGUGCCAGCGGUCUGCAGCGCCAAGCCCUGGCCAUCGACAAGCUAAAGCUGGAGACAGCGCAGGAGCUGAAAAAUGCUGACAUAGCACUGCGUACACAAAAGACUCCCCCUGGACUUCAGCAUGAGAACACUGCUCCAUCAGAUUAUUUCCGUGGCCUGGUAGAGCAGUUUGAGGUGCAGUUGCAGCAGUACCGCCAGCAGAUAGAAGAACUGGAGAACCACCUGACAACGCAGAGCAGUGGCACCCACAUCACUCCUCAGGACCUGACAUUGGCCAUGCAGAAGUUGUACCAGACGUUUGUUGCGCUGGCUGCCCAGCUCCAGUCUGUUAAUGAGAAUGUCAAGAUCUUGAAGCACCAGUACCUUUCCUACCGUCGGUCUUUCCUGGAAGACUCAACGGACGUCUUUGAGUCCAAACGGGUAUCUAACAGGAAGUGGCAGAGUACGCCGCGAGUCACAACUGGGCCUGCCCCAUUCUCCAGUGUGCCCAACGCUGCAGCGGUUGCCAUGGCAGCCACGUUGACCCAGCAACAACAGCCUACUCCAGGGACCCAGGCACCCUUGGGGGCAGGGUACGGAAACCCCUUUGCCUUGGCAGUGGGCACUAGCUUGGGCUCUUCUACCCUUGGAGGUUUUGGUGGUGGGCCAGGAUUUGGUGGGGUGGGGACUGGGGGGUCUUCUUUUGCCUUCUCCUCCACCAGUAAGCCCACAGGAGGCAGUCUGAGUGCAGGUUUUGGUAGCAGCAGCAGCACAGGCUUUAACUUCAGUAGUAACCCUGGCAUAAACCCCUCGGCGGGCCUGACCUUUGGCGUGUCUAACCCAGCUGCUGCAGGCUUCGGCGCAGCACCCCUUCUCCAGCUCAAGAAACCUCCUGCUGGUAAUAAACGGGGCAAGAGAUAGAACCAAGGAAAAACCAGAACCCUGUGACGGAAAAGCUUGGAGUUUGUAGCGGGCAAGACCUGGUCUCCCAAAAGCAUAAAGUGCUAUGAUAAUUGUUAUCCAACUAUAAGACAAAGAAAAAGUAAAUCUGAGGAACACCUCAAGGCUGGGAUUGAAUCCACCAUAAACAGCAACACAGGAUCACCCCUUUAAAAUCACAUGAAGGUAUAUACUCAAUGAACUUUGAGAAAAAGCAAAUCCCAUUAACCAACAAGCAUUAUCUUUCCAUCAUACAUUGGUGUGUAUCGUCCACUGAGUUGAUGCCAUUUAAUUUGAUUCCAGUAAGACCUGUCGGUUGAUACCGAAAUGUUCCUACGUAAAAAGUUAUCCUUUUAGCUUAAACAAUUCAAUUAUAUUAUGUUGGUCUUAUUAAUACUCAGUAGUAGACGGUUGACUGUGUGAAAAGGUUAGAAGUGUUUUGUAAAAUUUCAAACAUAAGUUUUCCCAUUUGCAUUGACUCCAAAAUGCUGCUUGCACACUGCUCUAAUCUGUAGCGCUGUAAUGCUUUUGGGAAUGCCAGCCAUUGACAGAGCCGUGUCACUUACAAAUCUUUAUCUGUGAGGAAUUGCUUUUGUCUGAACAUUUUGCAAGAUCUAUGUGUUUUUUGUGCUUUGAGGUGGACAGAGCAGUGAGUUCCAUAGUUUUACACAAACUCUGUCAAUUGCAUAACUGCACUUGAACGCCUGUCAAAUGAUGACUUGGCCAAAGUCUCGUCCAGGGAAGGGUAAGAUAUAAGGUAAAGGGAAAUAAGCUUGUAAGGUAAUUGUUGGUCUGGAACAGUGUAAUCCCUGCCUGAAGAUGUCAAUGGGGAAUAUUAUCUGAUCCUAGAUAGUUUUAUAGGCACAGGAGAGUGUCCAGGGUGGGUUUUUGGGGAAAGCACAGUUUUAUUUUUGUACCAAGUGGAGAAAGAGAGGACAUUCGGGAGGGGUAAAAGUGGACUAGGACCAUGGGAUAGUCCACAUAACCUGUGUUGUUUUUGCUACAGUCCAUCCUUAUCAUUGUUUAAUACCUAUAUCUAGUUUGCCCCAAUGUAAGAGCUUGAGAGAGGAAAUGCUGUUCUGUUUGUGUUACAUGGCUCCCAUUAAAUGUUAAGUUGAAUCUGAAAGGGAUUUCAAAAGCAGAUUCUACCUACGCAUCUUAUACAUGUGCUCAAAUAAAUUUGCACUUGCCAGUGUAUAUGACCUUAAAGCGAUGUGUGAAUGUGCAUGUGUGCCUAUUGCACGAGUAUGGAUUUGUUUCUGUGGUCUAUCAUAGUUUCUGACUUAUUUUGAGUGUCGGGGGUGGUAGAGGUGAUAUUCUGCUUUUUUUUAAAUUGUCCAUGUCUUUUCCGUUACCAAAUACUGAUAGUUGUACUAUUAUUUUCUAAUCACAGUCUGUGUUAACCUGUAUUUUUAAGAAGCUGUUUAAUAAUAAAAUCUUCAAUAUGAUGUUUUGCUAUGGCAUCACUUCAAUAAAUAUGUGUGUUGACACAGAA